CCCAGCCCGGGUCCCGGGCUCCCUCCUUCCCCUUCCCCUGGCCCUCUAGCUCCGUGCCAGUGUUGGGUUCCCCGCCCCCUGGUAUAAAGUCAGCCUCGCCUGCCUCUGGCCUUCAGAAGCAGGGGGGACUGGCCGCCGGGACCCGACCAUGAGCGCAGAGGCUGCCCCAGCGCCCAUCUUCCAGACCGGAGAAGACUGCCGACCAGCCUGGCAAAAGGCGCCCGCCGGCUACGAUGGGCCCGACACACACCUGCAGAUCCUGGGCAAGCCGGUGAUGGAGCGCUGGGAGACUCCCUACAUGCACUCGCUGGCCGCCGUGGCCUCCUCCAGAGGGGGAAGGGUGCUGGAGGUCGGCUUCGGGAUGGCCAUUUCGGCCAGCAAGGUGCAGGAAGCCAACAUUCAGGAGCAUUGGAUCAUUGAAUGCAACGAUGGUGUCUUUCAGCGGCUGCAGGAGUGGGCCCAGCAUCAGCCUCACAAGGUCGUCCCCUUGAAAGGCUUGUGGGAGGAGGUGGCCCCCAACCUGCCCGAUGGACAUUUUGAUGGAAUUCUGUAUGACACCUAUCCCCUCUCUCAGGAGACCUGGCAUACCCACCAGUUCAACUUCAUCAAGGCUCAUGCUUUCCGCCUGCUGAAGCCAGGGGGUGUCCUUACUUACUGCAACCUCACGUCCUGGGGAGAGUUGUUGAAGACGAAGUACAAGGAUAUCCAAGUGAUGUUUGAGGAGACCCAGAUUGCGCCCCUGGUGGAGGCAGGUUUCAAGAAGGAGAACAUCGGCACCACUGUGAUGGACCUGGUGCCCCCCCAGGACUGCCGUUACUACUCCUUCCCCAAGAUGAUCACCCCCACGGUCAUCAAACACUGAAGGUGCCCAGCUUCCUCUUCCUAUUCAGGCUGACCCUGCAAUGGGGGCACCAGGGGCUCUCUAGCCUGAGAACCUAGAACCACUUGGUAGAUCCCAGGCAACUUAUUAACAGGACUUGACACAAGAAGAGAGGCCAAGAGCAAGCAGGGUAUUGGGGGCCUCUCUAGGCCUGUCUCUUGACUCAAGGCCUCAAGGGUGCCAAAGAGGCUUCUGUUUCAAUACAACAAAUACAUAUUGAGUUCUGGCUGGAGCCCAGUGCUGGAAGUUAAGGCUCAGGGUUUUUCUGUGUUUUGAUUUUGUCUACCAUCUCAGUCCUUGUAAGUUCUUGGGGCCUUUAUUUGUUUCAUCUUUAGAAUGGGUAUAUAUAUACAUAUAUAUAUAUAUAUAUAUAUAUAUAUAUAUACCUACUUGUGAAAAGAAAAAGAUCAAUAAUCAAUGCCUUGAGUGCUUUGCCUUGCUAAUUUUUUUUUUUUAUCAGCUGUAAUCAUUAGGAUAAGAAAUAACUGUGUGAUUUAUAGUAAAAACAUAGUCCCAGGUAGAAAAACAACCUGAGUGUAACCAAACUAUGAUAGAGUCCCAGGGAAAUUCCUGUGUCAGUUAAUCAUAGAAGUGUAACAAAAUCAUCAUAAAGUGCGUGAACAUAAUAAUCAUACCUACAUAUUAAUCUUUAUGUUAAAAUGAUAAAGGAAGAAAGUUCUGUAAAGGGCUGAUCGAGCCAUCAUGGAAAGUACAAAGUUAGGAUGUCACAUAGUUAGGACACAGUGACCUGUAGAAUGCAAUCUUGUAUGAAUCAGCUUCUAGAGGACAUUGUUGCAUCAUACAUGAAUGAGGAGACCUAGAAAUAACUGUGAAUUCUGCAAUUCGGGGUCUCGGACUGUACUGGGCGGCCUGUGGACACCACCUUUGUUUCUCUUAAUAAAGGUUGGUUACUUUGCCCAGAGAA